AUUUUUUUCCCUGAUGCAGUGUCAUUACAGAGAAAAUUAAUAACAUGCGGCCAAAGGAUAGAACAGCCCUCGGACCAGCGCUAGCAACAGCUCUCGGAAUGAUUACCGGAUGUCAGGGUUCAGAGGUUAUUCUGUGUACUGAUGGUGCCCCAAAUAGUGGUGUCGGUAAAAUGAACAGCCCUGACUCCAGUUGUAAAGAUUAUUACACUAUGGUCGGUAACUACGCUAAACAAAAUGGAAUAGUAGUUUCUAUCCUGGCUGUUGACGGGGAACCUGUCGGACUUGAGAAUGUGUCUCCCUGCGCCAAUAUUUCUGGCGGGAAUGUUGAUGUCCUCGACCCUCUUGAGAUUAUGAGACAGUUACGUCUGAUUUCCCAAAACUUCAUCGUGGCAACAUCUGUAUGUAUUGAAUUCCAUCUUCACCCUGAAAUUGAGGUCGAUGACGAUGAUUUCCCAAAGGGCAGCAGUCGUAUCGUAAAGGAAGUUGGUAAUGCCACCAGAGACACAGAUGUUACAUUCUUUUUCAGACGAAAAAAUACGGAUAAAGAUUUGCAAGUGGAUUGUCUCCCUUUCCAGGUUCGUGUAAAUUUUACAAUGAAAGAUGGACGUAAAAUGUUGAGAGUCAUCAGUAAAUCUAUGAACGUCACAAAAGAUCGAGCUAAGAUGGAAGAGGAAAUGAAUGUUGACGUGGUGGGGCUGGCUACGGCACAGAAAACAGCUGAUUUAGCUUCCAAAGGAAAAGUGGCACAGGCAAGAGAUAGAUUGACCUCCGUGAACAGAAUGUUGAACAAAGCAUGCAACUCUGACGAGCAGAAAGAAGCCAGAUACAACUUCAGGACAGAAUGUGCUGAACUCCACCAGGACCUCAACGACCGACUGAGUGGUUCAUACAAAAACACUAGGAAAAGGUCGGACAUGUCGUCAAGGAUGUACAGUCAUAUGAUGCAGCAAUCACAGUCCAGGUAUGCUGGGGCGUCCAGCUCCCAAAAACAGGAUAUUGCCUCGAAAAGGCGGACGACCGAUGAGAAUGUUCGUCAACAAUAUUACGAAUACCAUUCUUAAGUAGUGUAAUUCUGAAAUUAUAAACAGGUCUUCACAACACAGACAAAUACAGUUCAAGAUCUGUGAUUAGUACUAGAUCAUAUAAAUAAGAAUGACUGAACUGGUCGACAGUAGAAUGCUCGGACGGUGUUAACCCUGGGUCAUAAAAAUAACAGUUUUUGAUUGAACUGGUCAGACAGUAGAUGUAUUGGACAGUGUUGACCGUGGGUUGUAUAAAUAACAAUGACUUAACUGAUCAACAGUAGAAGUCUUGAACAUUGUUGUCCGUAAUGUGUAAUAACAAUGUUUCUACUGGUCAACUGUAGAGUCUUGGACAGUGUUGACCAUGGUCCAUAUAAAUAACAAUUUGGACAGUGGACAGUGUAAAUCGUGUAAUAAGUAAUAACAAUGUUUCUAUUGGUCAACAGUAGAAGUCUCGGACAGUGUUGUCAGUGCAAUAUGUAUCAACAAUGCCUCUAUUGGUCAACAGUAGAAGAGUCUCGGACAGUGUUGUCAGUGCAAUAGGUAUCAACAAUGCCUCUAUUGGUCAACAGUAGAAGUCUCGGACAGUGUUGUCAGUGCAAUAUGUAUCAACAAUGCCUCUACUGGUCGAGAGUAGAAAUCUUGGACGAUGUUUUGUCAGACCACAAACAUUAAUAAUUCAAGCAAAAAUAUCAAAAAUAUCUAAUGCAUCGAGAAAUGUGUACGAAAUAUGAGAUGACUACUCUCUAGUAGGUAGUAGAUAGGUUAGUAGGACAGUGAAUUUUACCGAGAAUAUUCUGAAAUCACAUUUAAUGUAUUUAAAUACAUUGCAUUAUAGCUUUGUGAAUUUUGCAUUUGUUUUGUUUUCAUUUGCAAGUAAUUGUGCUGUUUUCAUAAUGAGGGGUACAUGUACAUUGUUUCAUAGUUCAUUGUUUUGAGGAACAUUCCUUAUUGUUAAUAUAAGUGUGUUAAAGAAAAUCAGAUAAGGUGUAUAUAUUAGGUAAACAAUAACUUGGUUCUCAGGCCCUCCUAAUAUGCUUUGAUUUCAAAACAAGACUCUUAUCUCAUAUAUUUUUCAUGUUUGAAUAAAAAAUUAUAUCUAGGUUAUUAUUCUUUAGAAGAAGAAUGUGUGGGAAAAGCAUCACCACCAAUUUUGUCUCUUGUAAUAUCUAUUAUUGUUAACCAUAAAAUUAGAGUACAUGUUCAUUGGUGUAAAGCAAAAACAAUUAGAAGAGAUAUGAUCAAUCAUUGUUUCCCACAUUUUGAAGCAGUUUAUAUGAAAAUGAUUGGUUUCAAAAAUAAAGUAAACAUGCCCUUAUUUUUUAUGAUGAAAACAUAACCAUCUCCCUCAUUUCUUAUAAGAAAAAAUAACCCAGAACAAAAUAAUUAGUUUUAUUUAGCCUAGUUUAUUUAUGUGUUAACAAUUAAUUCUACAUGUACAUAUACAUAUGUAAAUGUCCAGGUUUGUGAAAAGUUUCAUGUAUGUUUGCCACAGAAACAUUUUUAGUGACUGAAUAUAAUGAUCAGCAUUUUUUCAUUUGUUUUUUUAACGUCUAUAUUCGUAGCUUUCGUUUGUGAUAUGAAGAUUGUUUAGUUUCUUUAUUUUUUAUUUACGUACAAGUUUUGAUAUUUUUUUGUUAUUAUUAAUUUUACGUCUAUGUUUAUAACUUUUAAUGUAAAUCUUUGAUGAUAUUGCCAACGGGCUGUUACUUGUACAUGUAACCACUAAUUCUGUAGUUUUGACUUUUUGCCAAUGUUGAUUUUAUUUUCUGAUGACUGAGGAUUUGAAGUUAAAUUUCAACCUACACUGAAUUAUGGUGUAUAUUGCAAUAAAAUGAAAUAUUUUUAUGUGAUGUUAAGUUUUCCACAGCAUUUUUACCCAAAUAAAAUGUAUUUUUUAUAUAUAUAA